GCUUCUUUAACUCAAUCAUUCAACUUCUAACAAAAAGAUAAGCCUCUCCUCUCUUUCUCUCUCUCCUCUUGCAGAGUCCAGGCACAGGGAGAACCAAGUCUAUUGGAUUUCGAUUAGUUAUCUAGCUUUUUGGAUCUGUUUGCUUAAGAUCUUCCUUUUUGCGAAGGAGAAAUAUGGCUGGCUCGCCGGAAUUCGUUGAGUUUGCUGCCCGGAAGGCGUCCAGUUUUUCGCAGACGUGUAGUCUGUUGAGUCAAUACAUCAAGGAGAAAGGUAGUCUUGGAGAUCUCAGCCUUGGGAUGCCAUGCAGCGGUGAAGGAAAUGGAAAUGGCACACCAGAGUUGCGUCAGGCGUCAACAACCAUGAAUUUGUUUCCAAUGAAUGAGAAACAAGUUGAUGUUUGCAGCAGAAACAUGGCUACUGCUCGGACUAAUGUUAGAUCCAUGGAUUUGUUCCCUCAACAAGCUGGCUUUGCUCCUUCUGCUCCCAAGGAAGAUGUGCAGAAGAGUCUUGACUCGAGUAUCAACAAGGCUGCAACCCCAGAGCCUCAAACUGCUCCAAUGACUAUUUUCUAUGCUGGACAAGUAAUCGUGUUCAAUGAUUUUCCAGCUGAUAAAGCUAAGGAGGUCAUGCUCUUAGCUAGCAAGGGAAGCUCCCAGAGCCUCACGGGGUUUCCUUCUGAUUCUGUCAAGAGUCAUCCUGAGGGUGACCCUAAUGUUGUUAAAGCUCCUGUUGAAUCCACCAAUCCAGUUCCUCCUAGCUCGAAUGCUAUUCCUAAUUUUGGCAAUAACUUGAUUCAGGAGCGUGUGCAACCUCCUUCUCGAUCCAUUGGAAGUGAUCUACCCAUUGCAAGGAGAGCUUCCCUUCACCGGUUCUUGGAGAAGAGGAAAGACAGGAUCACUGCAAGUGCAAGAGCUCCUUAUCAAACAGUUGGUUUAUCAGCCUCUUCAUCAAAACCAGCUGAAAGCAAGUCAUGGCUAGGCCUGGCUGGUCAAUCUUUGCAGUAGCACCAAUUGCUAUAGAUUUUUAGUUUCUGUAAUUUAGGCACUUUAUAUCUUGUUUUUGUAGCGGGUUGAAUCCUGCUGUUUCCUAAUGGUUGUUUUAAGCCUAGGCUUUUCUCAUGCCACCGUAGACCUAACUUUUUACCGGUCUUACUAUUAGUUCAUUCAUGUAAUUAUUUUUUUUUUUUUUCUGGACAAAAAGAAGGAGCUCAGCGGCUAGAAGAUAAUUUCAAUCUACUAAUCAACUCUCUUUUGGGUGCA